AGAUUUCGUAAGAGAAGGUAGUGUUUUUUUAAUUAAUAGUUAGUCAAUACAUAUGUAUAUUGAUUGACUGCAGAAAACUUGUGUGCACUGGCUUAUCUUGUCGCCAGUGAUUUCAUAACAUGCGUAAAUUAUGAAAACAUUAAUAGUAAUUGAGAAACAAUGAGAAGCGAUAAUCAAUGUGAAAGAACACAUAUCUCGCUGAAAAAGUGGAAAGCAAAAACAAGGAAGCUCGUGAUCGUGUCUUCUCGCGAGUUGACAUAUUUAAUUCGGAGAUUCUUGAUAAUCGUGCAUGCCAAAUAAUUAUCAAGUUUUUCAUCGAUUUAUCAUUAAUUGCGAUUGUAUGAAACAUUAUAGCUAAUUACAUAUAACCUUAAAGAAUUGGAUCAAGAAUUGAAAGAAAUAGAAGACGAAGAUGUCUCAGAAGAUUCCAGAAUAUGAGCUUUUGCCUGAGAUGAAGACGAAAGAAAUGUUGAAGAUGUUCAAAGGCGAGAGGACUGGCUGGGUCUUAGUAGGCCCAAAACAAUAUUUUUUCCCAAUGAGAUUCAUACAGCAGGGCAUUGGUUUCUACAACUUCAAAACCAGGCCGGAUGAUACCUGGGUUGCUUCAUAUCCGAGAUCAGGUACUACGUUGACACAAGAAUUGGUUUGGCUGCUAUCCAAUAAUUUGGACUUUGUGACGGCGGGAAAAAAAUUACUUGCCGAGAGAUUUCCCUUUCUCGAGUAAGUGGUAACAAAAAUAUGGUUUUGUAUAGCAUAAAUAUAAAUGAUUAAUAAAUACACUCGCGUAUAUUUAUCUCGCGUAAACACGUAUCAUAAAUAUCUCAUCAUUUUUAAUUUGUUUUUAAUUCGU